AUAUACUUUUACAAUAAAGAUGAACCGUAUUACGAGUUUACUAAUUUUUAUAGAGCCCCGAUCCGGAAAGAUUUCGAAGAAUGGCCGACGACUGAACAUUAUUUCCAAGCCGCGAAGUUCAAAGAUAGAUAUAUUCGCAAUAACAUUCGUUUCGCUUAUACAGCUCGUGAAGCUUUCACUAUCGCACGGAAAAAUGAUUUUCGGAAGCGUGAAGACUGGGAAUCGCCUAUACCACCAGAUAAUGUGAUUUUUAAGGAAGGCAUAAUGAAAGAAGCACUAUGGCUAAAAUUUACGCAACAUGAAAAUUUGAAAUAUAAAUUACUUUCAACAGGCAAAGUUAAAAUUUUCGAGCAUACAGAAAACGAUCGAUAUUGGGGUGACGGAGGAAAGAAUCAAAAUGGUCGUAAUAGGUUAGGAAUUAUGUUACAAGAACUCAGGGAAAUGUUAAUGGAACAUGAAAAAGCUAAAUUGAUAAAAAAAUAUAAUUCUGAUCAAUAUCAAAAGUGGUUUUUAUCCGAAUUGAAGGAACUGAAACAAUUUGAUGAUUUAAUUGCAUUUGAUGAUUCUGACUGA